AUGAGACUAGAAAAUAGCCGUCCAGAAGCAAUGGAACCGGAUUUUGGAAAAAAGCUGGUUGAAAUAGGGAUUUUUUUGGAUAAAAUAGGCCAUUGUAUGAGCGAGAUCAGCCAAAAGCCAGAAUGUUCAGAGAAAAUAGACUUAGAAGCAGAAUGGAGGAGUAGAAACAAUGUAGAAUUAGUUGAAGAAGUCAAAAAGUUAUUAAUAUUUCUUGUUGAAGUCAGUGAAGUUUUGAAAAAAAUGAAUAAAGAGGAAAUCGAAAGUAUAUCAACUGGUUUGAGAGAUAGAAAGAGGAUUUUACGUCUUUUUGAGUAUUCAGCAUUUUUUAUAUUUAGAGUCUGUAGCCCGAAUGGAGUAGGCAUGAGUCUAGAUUUAUGGAAACAUAGUGUCGUUUUUAAGAUAUUGAAAGAUCAAAGAAUAAAGACAUCAUUUGUUGAAAAUGAAGAAUUAUACAAAAGAAAUAGGGAAAUAUUGAUUAUGGCGGCUAAUGUAUUUGAGAUAGUUAUGAAAAAUGAAGUUUUUGUGAAUUUUUUUAAUAUUGGGGAAAAAAGUAUUUUGUAUACAUUAAGUAUUUAUGGAGAACUUGGAUUUUUUGCAAAAAACAAGGAUAAAGAUUGGAGUGAAAAAUUUUAUUAUCUUUUAGAAAGUUUACCAUUUAAUAUUUUAUUGUCUACCUUAAUCAGAUUGAACAAUCCUAGAUGUCCUAAAUGGAUGAAAGAAGUUGUAUGUAAGGAAUUGGUAAAAAUAACAAGAAAACCAGGUGGAAUUACUGCAAUAGUAGAAUUUGUAAAAGUAACAUUGUACGAGAAUGAGAUUACGAUUAAUGAUUUUGAUAAAGUGGUAUCUUUGGUUACAUUAAUUCCUAAGGAUAUUGAAAAAGAGGAAUAUAUAAAAUCAAUUUCUCCGGAACUUUUGUCAAUGCUCGAUCAUCCAUUUGAAAAAUCAUAUUUAUAUCAAACAUCAGGAAGAAUUAUAUCUGUUUUGCUAUUGAAUUAUCCUGAAUUGACGCAAAAUCAUAUUAUUUCUAAAAUUAUUGAAUUAUUACAUACUCCAAAACAAAAUCAAAGUGAUGAAUCUGUAGAGAAUUCUAUUAAAAGAAUUGAAAAAAUAUGUCUUCAAUCUGAUUCUAAUAUAAUAAUUAAUGUUAUUUCUCCUAUAUUUAUCGUUCUUUGGGCAGCAUCAUGUUUUUCUCAUAAAACUCAUAAAUAUAUAUGGAGAGAUAGAAUUAUUGCUAUUCUUCUAAGUUACAUUUUUUUAUCAUGUCAAUUGACAUCUAUUUGGAAAAUAAUAGAAAAUUUUUUAUCUACAGGUGAUACAUACUUUUCUUUUUCCAAUGGAGAGCAUGGUGGAAUUUCAAUUGAAAUCAAUAAUUCAGAUAUAAUUUUGUCAGUAGAAGAUGUUGAUUCUCGUAUUGAAAAUUUUGGUUUCUUGAUUGACAAAUUUCGGAAUGAUCAGAAGUUGAUGGAAGAUAUAUUUUUAAAAUUACUAAAUUAUUGUCUUAAUAGAAAUAGAAAUUCAAAGGAGGAUCAGGAUCCUCUAAAAGAACUAUAUUAUUUAAAAAUAUUGAUCUUAAUGCAGAAUAAUUAUAUUACAGAAAUAACGAAAAAUACAGAGAAAAUUUUUCAAAUAUUAAUGGAAAUUAUAUCUAAUUUUAAUAAUAAUUAUAAGUUAUCACAAACUACGCAAGAUUUUAAGGAUAUUGAUCAACCAUCUCUUAAUAAUCUUCAUAAGAUAGUAAAAAAUGACACAGAUUUAAAGAUUACGGAUGAAGAUAUUAGUAUUGUUGAGAUUUCUUUAAAUAUUUUAAAUAUAAUCCUAAUUGGUAAUCCUAAGCUAUCAGAAAAAGAAAUUUCUCUUUUAGAUAUUAUUCAACAUCAAUUAAUAUAUAUGUCAAAAAAUUCAGUAGACUCUUUAAAAAGUUGUGCUCAAAAUUUAAGUAUUUUGAUCAAAUCAUAUCUCAUUUUUCCUAUUAUGUCAGAUCAAAAUAGGAAUUCUCAGAUUGAAGAUUCAAAAAGAAAAUAUAAUAAAGCUAUACAAUAUACAUUUGAUCAGCUUGUUCCAGUACGUGCGCAAGGGAUUUCUCUUUUAAAAGAAAUGAUAGAGGCAAAAGAUCCAAUAGUAGAUGUCAAUGAAGUACUAAAUUUAUUAAUUGGAUUAAUAAAGGACAAUGACAGCUUCGUUUAUUUAAAUGCAAUAAAUUGUCUUACUUCCUUAUCAAAUAACCACAAUAAUUAUAUAAUUGAAUAUUUACUAACUGAAUAUGCAAAUGAUUUAAAAUAUAACCUUGAUGAACGCAUACGAAUAGGUGAUGCUAUUUUUAAAAUAAUACAAAAUAUUGGAAAAAUGAUUCAUGGUAAGAUUUCUGACACUAUUUCAAAAACCAUGCUUGAUAUAUCAACUUCUUCAACAAAUGAUAUACGAAUUCGUUCAUCCGCACUUAAUAUACUUGCUAUUGCAUGUAAUUGUAGCUUCUAUGGAAUGGAUAAAUGGUGUUUUAUAGCAUUAAAAUCUGUUCUUGAUAUUUUAAAUUUCGAAAAAACACAAGAACAUAUUAUACUUAGAAGAGCUGCAAUCGUAUUAAUUGCAAACAUUUUAGAAGGAACCGAUGACCUAAUGUCAAUUCCAAGCAAUUUAUUGCAAAGUACUUUAAAAACUAUUCGUUAUAUUCAAGUUACUGAUCAAGAUAUCUUAAUGCGACGUCAAGCACUCGGGCUUUUGGACCUCAUGAAACAAAAAUUGAAAGAAAAAUUAGGAUUUUAUUCUCAUGAUACAAUUUUAAAUAUUAUUCAAUUUUCAUAA